UUUAAGGUUCAUUUAUUAUUACUUAAUUUUUAGAUGUAUGUAUAAACAUUGGAAAUUUAUUGGAAUGUCAUGAAAUAUCAUGGAAAAACUACCACUAGUUUAAUUUUACGGAAAAAGCUUACUGAUUUGAUACAAAAUCAGCUAUUGAAUAAACACUGCUGGACACGUUGAACGUGGUACAAAAACUAGCAGUGAGACAAAUGUUAGGAAGAAGAUUCAAAAAUUUAAAAAAAGGGUAAAAAAAGGAGACGACAUAAAGAUACGACGAUAAGCGCGGAUGGACUCGUUGCAGAAUAUAUUUAACAAAAAAACCCCCGAGGACUGAUAAUAAAUUCAAUCUUUGGUUGAAGUCUGGACACAAAGAAUGUUUGUGGAUUUUAUUGCUGGCCUCAUGGGAGGUGCUGCUGGAGUACUUGUUGGCCACCCAUUAGAUACUGUGAAAGUUCAUUUGCAAACUGAUGACCCUAAGAAUCCGAAAUAUAAAGGAACAUUUCAUUGCUUAAAAAAAAUAAUACAAAAAGAUAAUAUUCAAGGUUUAUACAGAGGAAUAAGCAGUCCAAUGUCAGGAAUUGGAUUAGUAAACUCAAUCGUUUUCGGAGUAUAUGGAAAUAUUCAACGUUUGUCAGAUGAACCCAAUUCACUCCUUUCACACUUUUAUGCUGGUUCCAUUGCCGGACUAGCGCAAAGCUUUGUAUGUGCACCGAUGGAGCUGGCGAAAACAAGGCUUCAAUUAUCGUCACAGAUUGACAGUGGAAUUAAAUUCACUGGGCCCAUAAACUGCAUUAGAUAUAUAAUAAAAACAGAAGGUGUACGUGGAGCGUUUAAGGGCUUAACGGCCACCAUUUUCAGAGAUAUUCCAGGAUUUUCCAGCUACUUUGUAUCUUAUGAGUAUUUGAUGCGGCAAAGGGAAAGUCCUAAUAUCCCAUAUACUCUUAUGGCCGGAGGCUGUGCUGGAAUAGCGUCAUGGCUAGCUUGCUAUCCAAUUGAUGUAAUUAAAACGCAUAUGCAAGCGGACGCCCUAGGAAAAAAUGCUAAAUACAAUGGAUUCAUAGACUGUGCGAAAAAGGGCUUUGAAAAAGAGGGUACUCUCUUUUUCUUUAGAGGAUUGAACUCUACUCUGAUAAGAGCUUUUCCAAUGAACGCUGCUUGCUUUUUUGUGGUUUCCUGGAUAAUGGAUCUUUUUAAUAAAAAUGGAAUGGAUAUGGCAAUGAGCUCUGAUAACCCACUAUAUCUUGUAAACUUAGAAAAUACGACCCUGGCUAAUCUGGGGAACACGUCCUCAAAAAUUGAAGAAUUAGUAAGGAACAUUAUAACUGACAACUCUAUUUUAGUCCAAUUAAUUUCCACUCAUCAGGACAUAACGCCAAACCAAUUUACAAAUAAUAUUUAUAACGACUCUGAUAAUUUUAAAAGCCAAAUGGAGUCUAAAUAAAACUCAUAGUAAAAACCCAAAAUCUCAAUGUUAUCCUAUUAGUCCGUGCUACUCAUCAUCCACACUAUCCGGUUCUGGUUCUAUAGUUGAAAUUUUAUUUAUUCCUUGUACUGAACGAGUACAGGGGGAUAUUAAAUCCGUGUAGAUUUAUGUAAUAAGCAUGAGGACACGUUACCGACCCCAUACAGUCUAUAUACUAAUAUCUUGAUAAACAUUAUUAGUCGUUAUAGCCAAUUCUGUCACACUGUCUUGUCGCCUAAUACUCUGAGACUUAAGGUCUAGAUUUUUUACGAAGCUCCUUGCUGUCCGAGCAUAACUCCAGGGCAUAGCGUUGGCGGACUGUGGGACUGUACGGCUGUCUCAGUAGAAGCAUUAAAUUCUGUCAGCUGUCGGGAAGAGAUGCAUCCAAUUACAUGAUUUACUUUUUUGCCACGAACACGGCUUGAAUAUUUUUUAAAUUGAAAAUCGUCCUGAAUAAAGCGAAUUAUUUAAGUU